UCGCCGUUCAAUCGUCGUUCGACCGUCGCGCGAGGUGGUUGCGUGCUGGAAAGCUCGCACGGCUGUAAGGCGCGUGCCUCGGCUAAUACGAAAGAUAUACGGUGUGCGACUCGCCCUCGUUGCGAGCACGCUUAUCCUUCUUCGUUUUAUCACGAAGGAAAGUUAUCUACGAGGAAAACUAACUACUCGCUUCCCGUUCUUUGGAAACCUUAUAUUAAAAGAAGACAGAAGGAGAGCAGGUGGUGGUGUAUAGAAAACAGAAGAAGAAGAAGAAGAAGAAGAAGAAGAAGAAAAAGAAGAAGAAGAAGAAGAAGAAAAGAGAUGCCUCCUCCUGGUUCGAGAUCCGUUCUUCGCGACAGUGACGUGAUGCCUCCUCGUUCCUUGUUACGCUGACGCCGCGAAAAAAGGUCUUCGUGAGAAACGUGGUGACGGAGCGCGUAUUUCUCCUCCAUCUCGCUUUAUCGUUCUUUUGUGCACUCGGAUAUUAAUUCCUAGUUAAGGUCAACACGCGUCCGAUAAACAAGUAUACGUGUGUAUAAAUAUACAUAUAUAUGUAUACAUAUACAAACAUCUAUACGUACUAACGUAUAGCUUACUGUGAUCGGUUUAUUUAGGAAAGUGCGUUGUUUCCGGUUCGGCUACGACGGACCAACACGAGACGCUCCGUUUCUCGUGCCACGAGGUCGACGGAUUUAUUUUGUCCCUUUUGUAACUUACUCUCUGUGCCACGGAAGAGACAUACCACACAUACACACAUACAUACAUACAUAUACACACGCACGCACACUUCACGCACGAAUAACGACACGAUACACACGCACAUAUUGUCGUCGUCGGCAAGUACACGCACGCCGGAACGCGCGCGCGCGCGCGUAUCUCUAGACGACGUAGCAACGUACACACGAGGAAAGAUUCUUAGGAGUCGCGCGGCGCCAUGACCGCGGACGGCCUGUUCGAACCUACCAGCAUCCCGGGGCACCUCGCUCCCACGCCCGAGAGACUGGAGAGGCUUCUCUCGAAGCAGACCCUCGAGGAGCUCUACGAAGUCGAGGAACAGCCUUUCGCACGGGGCAAAUACGCAACGGUGAGAAGAUGCCGAGAGAGAUCGAGCGGAAGGCAGUGGGCCGCAAAGUUUCUAAGGAAGAGACGACGAGCUCAGGAAUUGAGGGCGGAGGCACUUCACGAGGUCGCGGUGCUGGAUGCCGCUGCUCACUGUUCUCGCCUCGUUUCCCUCCACCAGGUCUUCGAGACCAAUACCGAGAUGGUUCUCGUCUUGGAACUGGCACCUGGUGGCGAAUUGCAAAUGAUAUUGGAUAGAGACGAAGUCCCAGAAGAACGGCAGGUUGCGAGAUUGUUGAAGCAGAUUUUAGACGGUAUCGCCUUCCUGCAUUCUCUCAACGUAGCACACUUGGACAUAAAGCCACAAAAUCUGGUACUAACCGGCGAUUUUCCCGAUUGCGACGUGAAACUCUGCGAUUUUGGUAUAUCGCGAUACAUCAGCCACGGUGCGGACAUACGUGAGAUCUUGGGCACGCCCGAUUAUGUUGCCCCAGAAGUCCUGAAUUACGAGCCGAUCAGUCUGGCAACCGACAUGUGGUCGGUCGGAGUUCUACUCUACGUUCUGUUAACGGGAUGCUCCCCUUUUGGCGGCGAUACCAAGCAGGAAACCUUUUGUAACAUCAGCAGAUGUCGUUUAGAUUUUCCGGACGAUCUCUUCGAGGACGUAUCGGAGGAGGCGCGAGAUCUCAUGCGCAAACUCAUGGUCAAGGAUCCAAGCGAACGACUGACAGUAACGGAGUGUCUUAAGCAUGCAUGGUUCGCCAUGUUCGAUGAUCCAGUGCCACCGUUAUCCUCUUCACUACCCCCGACGGAAGACUCCAGUUUAAAAUGCAAAACGAUCUCUCAGCAGGAAGAAGAAGAACAAAAACAACAGCACAACAAUAAAUCAUCGACGGAGGAAACGAAGACGACGAUUCCACCAUCGGCACCAAAGUGCUGCGACGCCGAAAACACACACGUGCGAACAUCGAGCCUUGCCAAUCAAAAUGAAGUAAAAACGAUGACUACCCGAGCUGUCUCUUCGCACACGGAAAAUAUUUAUUCGACUUCUAAAUCUAGCCCUAAGUCUAUGAGGUUUGGUUUGAGUCCCGAUCGUAGGGACACCUUUAAACGUAAUAUGGAAUCGCUGGCUCAAAAAUUUUCGAGUACGGAGAUCGUCAUUAUUGAAUCAUCCUGCGCGAACAGUAAGAACACCACGACAUCCUCGACGACGAUAACGACGAGUUCAACGAUUAUGUCUGGAAACGUGAGCACGCAGAGAAGAGCGACGGCUACUCACACGAUGCCAGCCGGUGAAGUAUUCAAAUGUACGCCGGUAUUCAUUCUUGGCGAGGAACAACAAUGUAGCGACGGUGGAAGCGACACCGUAUCGGAAAUUUCGACGGACAGUUCGAGCGACCGGAGUAGCAUCUAUUCCGACGACUCGUUGGAUUUUAUUCUCUAUGGGAAAACUCAGGGAGGUGGUAGGGCGAGUUUUCCCUUCGCAGUUGGUGCCGACCCUACAUCCGACAGAUGGGAACAGAGGCACCACCAUCACCACAAUCCACGAGCUUGGCCUAGAGAAUGCAACGGCGUUGUUAGCAAAGCACUCAGUCGUUUCACAUCCGAGACGUCAAGCAAGUCCUCCAAGUUGUCCACGACGGUACCACCGGUAGUUCGUGGUAAGACCGGCUUGGAAGCUCUCAGGGAGAGGGGUGGCAAUCUGGUCGUCAUAAGGGAACCCGUCAGAGCGGGUAGAUAUACGAGGUACAGCGAGGUUCAGUGCGAAUCGGUGCAGGCACGGAUUCGACGUUUCCAAGUACAUGGAGCGUCCUAAGGAAAAUCUUCCUCGUUGUCUUUAAAGGGAACACACUUGGAAGGCGUCUUAUAUUUGACGGUCAUCGCCGUCGCAUUUUCGGAUGGUGAUCCGUGAUAGAGACUGAUGCUUUCUUUGUACAUAGAUGACGUUAAUCGUGUACAGUUAAGGCCGAUCGUGCCUCUUCGCAAAAGAGUUAGAUAGGUAUGAAAGAGAGAGAGAGAAAGAGAAAGAGAGAAUGUUGUGUGAUAGUGAGAUGAAAAAGAGAGCGUAAAAGAGAAAAGAGGUAGGAUGGAAAAACAUGUAUUAAUGCGAACAAAUGGCUGUUGUAUAUAUAAGUAAGAUAUAUUAGGUGCGUGUGAUGACGUGCAUGUCGUUUUGUUCUCUCAUAUCUUUUUUCUUUUCUUUUUUUUUUCCUUUUUUUUCCUCCUUUUUUUCUCUUUUUUUUUCUUCUUCUUCGAGUAUUAUGACCAGGGCGUGAUCCACACAUUUUCGGUGGUACAAUAUAUACCGUAGAUAUACACAAUGCGUAUGGUCGAGAUAAAAGAACGUUGUACGGCAGAGAUAACGAGGCUUUUACGGCAUGGUGUAAAUAAUAGGAAGGAGAAAAGAUAAGAGGAUGUAAAGUUAGGUAUAAAGGGAAGGGAAUAUGUACAGGGAUACGUAGACAACUCGUUAUCUGCCGUUUUGAAAGGAGAAGGGACAAACUUUCGUGGCGAUUAGAGAGCGCUUUGCGAGCAUCGAUUUAAAAGUACGAAAACGGUGCUGUCUUUCGAAUUUUCAUUCGUUGAUGAUAUUCGAUGAUCAGCCGUAGUGACAACAAGCGUAUUGAAUACGUCGUCGGUAUGGUUGUUGUGUAAUAUAUAAAGAAAGUGUUCAGCGUCUUGUUCAACAAAUCUUACGUACGUCGUCGUAGCUCUAUUUCAGUAACUUCGGUGCCUUCGUAAUAAGCGUUUAUAAGAGAAGACAAACUCGCAAACGUAUGAUUUAUGUACAUGCAUACAUACAUACAUUCGCAUAUAUAUAUGUAUAUAUAUACAUAUAUAUAUAUAUAUAUAUAAAUACACACACGAUCGUAGUGCCUACUCCUUCGCGUAAGUUUGCGCCAUAUGGUGCAAAUACGACUGUACGAAUUUAACAAAAGUCAUGAGCGAGAAAAGACUUUUACUCGUUCGGACAGUGCCUUAAUCGCGCAAAAAAAAAAAAGAAAGAAAAAGAAAAAAGAAAAAAGGAAACCUUCUUUUACAGGGUAGCUCGUCGAUCGUGCGAAAUUGAGAGCCUAGACGAGCCUUUAGGCAUCUCUAAUUAUUGUCUUUCCUUGACGUCGAAGGAAAGGAAGAGGAUGUUUUAAAUAAUAAUUACAGAAAAAGGAAAAAAAAGAAAAAAGAAGAAAAAAGGAAGAUGAUUUUUUUGGAUCCAAAAUUUAAAAGAAAUAAAUCAAUAAUUGUUCGUUGUUAAUAUUUUAAAGAAAUUAAUUAGGAUGUUUGAAAUAUAUAUAUUUAAUUUUUUCCUCUGUCGAUGCCCUCUCCUCUUUCGACGUUGCAAUAAUAAAACUGCCCAAUCGGCGAUCGAAGACGAUAGAUCUCAAGGUUCGAUCGUCGAUCAUGUGCCUCUCGAUAAACUGCCGAUAUAAAAAAUAAAUAGUGGAUAAAUUACGUUCGCCGCUUAUGAGCCAGAAAACAUUCGACGGAUUUCAACAGCGUUGUUCAAAAUUAAACGACGAACAAUACAGAGACGAACAGUUCGUAUUCGCGUCUCACGUUCAGCGUACGAAUGAAUUAUAUAGAAGAUAAUAUGUCCGGGAUGGUGGGUGGUCUUCUUUUUUCUUUUCUUUUUUUUUUAUCUAAUCCUUUUUUAAAUGCAACAUCGAUCUUAUAUCUAUCCACGUUUAGCGACUAAACUUGAGAUACGAAUGCGGAUCGAAAUCUCUUUGCGUCGGAGAGGAUGUAUCGUUGGUAUUGUAAUAUUUUUUAAGACGUACAUAUAUUGUGUAAAUCUCUCGUGGUAAGAUCGCGAAAGAUCGCGGGGAAAGCAAUGCGGCUACUAAUAGGAGAAUAUAAAAGUAGAAAAUAGAAAUUAAAAGAAAAUUGAUUACAAAAAAAAGAAGAAGCAAUAAAAAUUCAACAAGCGAAUGAGUAAAUAGAAAAACAGAGAGAAAGGAGAAAAAUAAAAGUAGAUCGCUCGUGGAGACCAAAUCUUUCGCGAUUUUGAGGAAAAAGUCCCUCGUUACUCCGUUAAAUACUAGUCAUAUAUUAAAAAAAAAAAAAAAUAAUAAAAAAGAAAAAAGAAAGAAAAAAGAAAAAAAAACAGAAAAAACAACAACAAAAAAAUGGGGAACAGAAAAGAUUGUGGUUCGUUUUCUCUCGAUCCUCGUAUCUAGCUCUGUUAUCGUUCUCCGGGCACACGGUCGUUGACGAGGAGCCAACGAACGGUCGGUGUCCUCUCCGAUCUUCUUUCCGGAGACUCACGAUUGGAGAACGCGAAUAGUGCCUGAUGUGUCUUUGAAAAGAAAACGAACGAAUGAACGAUCGUAUUAGUCGAAAUGACAAGGCUUCUUCGUGGUGAACGUUUCAUCAUCGGUGAUCGACGUAAGACCUUGUCACUUCUCCGUGUCGAUAUAUAUAUAUAUAUAUAUAUAUAUAUAUAUAUAUAUAUAUACACAUAUACACAUAUAUCUUGUGUGUUUAACUUGAUAAUUUGAACUUGUCGAGAUACCGGUCCGAUUAACUCGGAUAAUUUGAACAAAAAAUAUUUUUACAUAAAUCGUCGCGAAGAAAUCGCAAGGUCCUUUUGCUCGAUCGAUCCAACGACGAUAUAAUAGAUCGGAAAUAUCCUUAUUUAUCAUCAUCUGUCUCUCUCUCUCAUACGGCAACGUAUCUCUCAACGUACGAAAUUAGUGAACUUUAAAACGCCCAAUGUCAUGGGGAGAGAGAAGAAUAGUGUUCAAGUGCAAAAAUAUAUCUAAUAUUUAAACGAAAACAAAAGGAAAAAAUAAAAAGAAGAGAAAAGAACAAAAUAAAACGCACAACACGGAAUAGAGAAGAUACUACAUCAUAACUGUCGUUGCACGCACACGGUCGUUACGAGAGAAGCGACGCUUUUUACCGCGAAAAAUAUAGUUUAUCCUUUUCCGAGUGCGAAUGACUGUGUUGUCCCAUUUCUUGUAUGUUUAUUUGAGUAUGAAAGAUUAAUGCAUAUGUUCGUCUUCUUUUUCUCUGUAUGAUCUGGUAAAGAAAAAGGAUAAACUUCUGUAAUAUAAUUUUGCUACUACGGAAAUAUGGGGUGGGGCUUGCGUUCAAACGACAAGUCGGAUUCGUUCUUUCUCGAGGCUAAUUUUCGUCGUUAUUUAUUUUUUUCUUAUAUAACAAAGAAAACGGGUGUCGUAUUUAAUUACCAUUCGAACGUUCUUUCUCUCUCUUUUUUUUUUUUUAGAAUUAAUCUUGUAUCGUUGCGUAUCAUCGUUUGUAAAGAAGCCUCGAAAAAGAUGAGUUUGCAUUAAUUUUUGUUUCUCUAUCUCUUUCUAUCUAUCUCUUUUCUUUUUCUCUAUUACAUGAACGCGCCCUAUCCUUUGUCCGAAUUUAUUCUAUUAAUAUUAAUAUUAAUAUUAUUAUUAUUAUUAUUAUUAUUAUUAUUAUUAUUAUUAUUAUUAUUAUAUUAUUAUUAUUAUUAUUAUUAUUAUUAUAUUAUUACUAUUAUUAUUUUAUUAUUAUUAUUAUUAUUAUUAUUAUUAUUAUUAUUAAUACUGAAGUUUAUUCUGAUGGAAAACACGUUCGUGUACCUAGAACUUACGACAUCCUGUAAAUACUGCUAUCAUUGUAUUUUCUUUAAUAACGUACGAAAUAAACGCUAUAAAAUACGAGAA